AUGGACCCCAAAAGUGAUGAAGGUAUAUUCUUGGGAUACUCUACAAACAGCAGAGCAUAUAAAGUAUUCAACUCCAGAACUCAAGUAUUGAUUGAAUCCAUCAAUGUUAUUGUUGAUGACCAACAUGAAGACUUCAAUGUCAUAGAGGGUGUUGGAACAUUCUUUGAAACUCAAGCUGAAGGAUUAGUCAAAACUGAAGACAGUAAUGAUUCUCCCCCAGAAUCUAAACCUGAAGCAAUCAACAAAGAUCCCUCUAUUAGAAUUCAGAAAGAUCAGCCCAAAGAACUUAUCAUAGGAGAUCUCAGUAGUGGUGUAAUUACUAGAUCUAGAGAGAUCAUUGCCAACUCAUGCUUUGUAUCUAAAAUUGAAUUUUCUUGCAUGUUAAACUCCAAGCUUGAUCAGAUGUCAAAAUCCAUUAGAAUGUUGAACAAUGGAACUGACUCGUUGGAAGAAAUUCUACAAGUUGGACAGAAAGCAGGAGACAUGUCUGGAAUAGGAUUUGUAGCUUAUGCCUUAAUAGCACAAACCUCCCUGAGGGUGUCAGCCAAAGAAGAAUGGUACUUUGAUAGUGGUUGCUCAAAGCACAUGACUGGAAUAAAGAACCUGUUGGAAGAUAUCAAACCUAAUUCCACUAGCUAUGUGACCUUUUAUGAUCGAGCAAAAGGAGAGAUCAAAGGGGUUGGAAAACUAGAAUGUCCUGUAGUUCCAAAACUGGAAAAUGUACUGCUGGUAAAAGGACUGACUGCAAAUCUGAUCAGCAUCAGUCAACUUUGUGAUCAAGGCUUCAAUGUCAGAUUUACCAAAGAUGAAUGUGUCAUUACAAAUGAAGAAAAUAUGGAAGUCAUGAAGGGAGUCAGAUCCAAAGACAACUGCUACUUGUGGGAGCCUAAAACCACAAGUUAUCCCUCUGUAUGCUCUAUGGCAAAAGAAGAAAAAGAGGUUAAACUGUGGCAUCAAAAACUUGGUCAUUUACAUCUAAGAGGGAUGAAUAAAAUCAUAUCCAAGGAAGCUGUAAGAGGAAUCCCAAAGCUGCAAAUUAAUGAAGGAAAAGUGUUCAAGGACUUAUGCACAAGACUUCAAAGAGAGAAGGAAAGUGGUGUGAUCAGAAUCAGGAGUGAUCAUGGGAAGGAGUUUGAGAAUGCAAAAUUUGCUGAAUUUUGUUCUUUUGAAGGAAUCAGUCAUGAAUUUUCCUCACCUAUCACUCCUAAGCAAAAUGGAGUAGUAGAAAGGAAAAACAUGACUAUUCAAGAAUCUGCCAGAGCUAUGAUCCAUGCAAAGAAGCUACCUAUGUACAAUUGGGCUGAAGCAAUGAACACAACUUGCUAUGUCCAUAACAGGGUCACAUUGACGAAAGGGACUUCCUCCACACUGUAUUGA